AUGGAAUUAUCUUCAGAUGUCUAUGGCACUCGCGACGUCCUAGACCGAGCCACAGAGGAAUCGGACGUCGGCACAAACAGACGAACACACGGACUUACCGAAGCCGACAAAAAGGACGCGGCGCUUCCCAUAGAUGUCUUCGGCAGGGAAUUGGUGGAGAAAAUCUACAGUAAGAACUAUUCAGACAAAGAGAAUGGCCUCAAGCAACUGCAGAAGGAGAUGACAGCCUAUUCGCCGGACGGGAGUGGCGUGCGGCCUGACAGAUUCGUGCGUGCGUCUGUGGUGCUCGUGCGGAAGGCGCUGAAGGACAAGGUCUACAGCGUGGCUCUGCUAGCGUCUCAGACCCUGUCGCUCCUCCUGUCAGACUUCUUCUCCAAACACAAAGUAACGAAGAAGGAGAUGACGUCAACGCUGGAGAAGGUGCUGCCCGACCUCCUCGCCAAGACGUCAGACAACGCGACGAGAACCCAGAACCUCGCCACUACAGCUGUCUUGGAGGUCCUUAGUCUGUCGUUGGAGAGGUGAG